AGUUAGUACACUACCUUUGAACGAGGAACAACUAAAAUAUUUCGAUAAAAUUGAGUACAGUUUUUUAUACAUAUAUAAUUUUUUUUUGUAUAAUUCUGAGUAACAAAUUUGUUUGUGAAAAUUUCUGUCGAGCAAGAAUUGGUUGCAAAAUGAGUAAUCUGAAACAAAAGGAUAGCAAGCCGGAGGUGGCAGUAACAAAAUCAGUGAAAACCUAUAAAAAAUCAAUUGAAUAUGUUAAUUCCGACGCCUCCGACAUUGAAGAAGAUAUCAAUAGGGCAGAGGACGAAUACGCCUCAUCGUCUGGCUUUGUUAAUUUUCUGAGGGACUUUAAGAAGCGCUACGGAGAAUAUUACUCGAAUAACGAGAUAAGACGGGCUGCUGAAACCCGAUGGAACGAAAUGUCAUUCCGUCAUCGAUGCCAGUAUUCUGCGGAACCAUUGGACACUUUUCAUGUAGAGCCCAACAGUGUGAGCAGUCUUCAGCGUUCUAGUGAGGGCGAGCACAGAAUGCACUCUGAAAUAAGUGGCUGCGCAGACACUUUCUUCGGUGCCGGUGGCUCCAAUAGCUGCACUCCAAGAAAGGAGAACAAGUGUUCCAAGCCCAGGGUGCGGAAGAGUUGCCCCAAACCACGGGCGAAAACCUCGAAGCAACGUCGCAGUUGCGGCAAACCGAAGCCCAAGGGCGCCCGACCCCGGAAGGCAUGUCCCCGCCCCAGGAAGAAGAUGGAAUGCGGCAAGGCGAAGGCAAAGCCAAGGUGUCUUAAGCCCAAGAGCUCCAAGCCCAAGUGCUCGAUGUAAUCGGAGGUUUCAUCUUCCACACCCUUUCCUACACCACUUUUCGGCCAUUUUUAUUGAUCAGGAACCAGUCAAAAUUUCCCAAAUGAUGUAAACAACUUGCGUUGCUAGAAUCUAUGAACUUGAGGAACCUCCAGUGAACCAGGAAAUUAAGAAAUCGAUCAUACGGAUCUGAUAAACCAAGGACAUAACACAGGAAGGCCCAAGCAUUGAUCCUCAAGGCAACGAUAAGCGGUUGUACUGUUUAGAAAUAAAGGUUUUAUGUCUGAUC